AUGAAUUUUGACACAAAGCUAACGUGGAAAAGUCACCUUGCUAAAAUAGCAGAACGCGUCUCCAAUAGACUGAAUGUCCUGAAGCGUCUUGCUGGUAGCGUAUGGGGCUGUGCGCGCUCAACUCUAAACACCACUUACAAGAUGUUUAUCCAGCCAAUAAUGUUGUAUUGCUGUGAGCCACUCAUUACAGCCACUGAGGUCACUCUCAAACCCCUCGAGAAGGCACACAACCAAGCAUUACGACUAAUUACUGGAGGGAUAAAAUCAACACCCAUUGAUGCAAUGCUCCUAGUUACAGAAAACACCACAAUAGGUUCUCAUAUCAAAGAAAAGACCUUUAUCCUGUAUGAGAAACUACUGCGCAUCCCCAUGGAUAAGCUCUUCAGCACCUAUGAGAAUAAACCAAGACAUUUGAAAACGCAAUGUGGUCUAAUUCAGAAAGCCAUAGAACUGAAGAACGCGUUACAAAUCGAUGACAAAUCAAAAAGCCUCUCUCUCCCCAUGAACCCAUUAGCAGACAUUGAAGUAGUGUGUUGCACCCAAAUGCUCGAUUUCUUCAGGAAAUCAAACACUCCUCCAGAGCAAAUGCGCUCACUGGCCUUUGAGACAAUCAAUGUC